AUGAAUGGAUUCCGUAGUCGUAUCGCUGUCUACGAUAAUAAUUCCGGUUAUAUAAGGAGCUAUAGUUUGGCGGAUAGACCGGGAAAUCCCGAUAUGGAAAGUGGACGUUGUGUUGACUCCCAUAACCAUACGCUCUGUUGUAGUAAUCGUAUCCUUCAAUCGAUUGAUGAUAUAAGUCAAAGCAAUAAUAAUAAUAAUAUUUUCACAAAAAUGGAUAAACUGUUAAAAUCGUGGAAUGAAUGUGAAGAAGAAGUGUCGGCUAAACUGAAGGGAGAAAUUCCGGAAUGGAUUAAUGGCCACAUGAUUAGGUUAGGACCGGGCAAAUGGGACCUAGGUGAUGAUUUCCGGCUUAAUCACUGGCUCGACGGCUGUGCACUUCUUUGUAAAUUUUCAAUAGAAAACGGAAAAGUUUUAUUCAAAUCAAAAUAUUUAGAGUCCGACGCCUAUAACAAAAUGGUAACGGUGAAUAAGCCGGUGUUUACCGAGUUUGGGACGCGAGCCUUCCCGGACCCGUGUAAGAACGUGUUCGCACGAUUCUUCUCGCAAAUAGUUCCCAGCGAUUUGACGGACAACGGAUGUAUUGGCAUAUAUCGACUCCGGGAUCAGUAUUACGCCGCUGGACGCGAGCCUUCCCGGACCCGUAACGUGUUCGCACGAUUCUUCUCGCAAAUAGUUCCCAGCGAUUUGACGGACAACGGAUGUAUUGGCAUAUAUCGACUCCGGGAUCAGUAUUACGCCGCCUCUGAGACCUGCAAUGUUUGGCGCUUUGAUAGCAACACAUUGAAUGCCAGAGAAAAAAUCAAUUUAGACAAACUGGUCGGGGUUAAUUUAGCCAGCUCGCAUGUACAGCACAUGCAUUCCGAGCCGUUUGCUUACAAUUUAACGUCAAGUUUUUUGAAAGGUUUAAAAUACCACAUCAUUAAAAUACCCGUUCAACACAACGGGCAAGAAUUGGAGCAAAACAAAGACGAGAGUGUAUUCGCAAAGGCGUCGAUUCUGGUGUCAGUGCCGUCGAGUUGGAGCACUUGUAUCACAUAUUAUCACAGCUACGGCAUCACCAAAAACUAUAUCGUAUUUCUGGAGCAGCCAUUGUUAGUGAAUGCGUUCAAAUUGGCCACUUGUACACCAAAAGGCAAACCAUUGAAGGAUUGCUUCGAGUGGUGUCCCGACGAAAAGACCAAGUUCUAUGUCGUGGAAAAGUCGAGCGGAAAAGUGGUUUCCAAAUAUCUUUCUGAAUCUAUUUUCCAUUUCCAUCACAUCAACGCCUAUGAAGACAAUAAUCAUGUCGUGUGUGAUAUCAUAACAUACGACGACUCGUCUAUACUUGAAAAGUGGACUUUAGAUAAGUUAAGAGCCAAUGAAUGGGAUGUCAAGAGUCCUCCCAUUCCUCGCAGAUAUGUCUUACCAUUGCCUACGGAUAAGAAAUUUGAAUUCGGGAAAAAUUUGGUUUCGCUUGAAAAUAGCGAAGCAAAGGCUGAGUUGAAUGAAAAGGGAAAUAUAUGGCUCACUCCCGAACAGUUGGGAAUUCCCGGCUUUGAAUUACCGACUAUUAAUUAUAAGCAUUUCAAUGGACGGAAGUAUAGAUAUUGCUAUGGAAGCGGUGUCUUUGAAAGGGGACACUUCGCUAAUGCCAUCUGCAAAUUAGAUGUCUUAACAAAAGAAGCCCUAAUAUGGAGGGAAUCGGAAACCCUAUAUCCGGGCGAAUGUGUAUUCAUUGGACGACCCGAUGCUGUCGAUGAAGACGACGGCGUUGUCUUAUGUAUUGUUUUAGACUCAGACGAAACGAAACCACAUUUCUUACUAAUACUGGACGCGAAGUCAUUCAAAGAGAUCGCCAGAGCGGAGAUCCAUAGGAAUGAGGCUCACAUUCCGGCCACUAUUCACGGCAUAUAUACUUCUAACUAA